AGCGCGCUAUUCGCUACUGAACUCUUCGUAUAAUGUAGUUCUCGAUAUGUUGUUCUCAAAAAUGUUUUUCGAAUGACUGCUUUUUUGUACUGACAAUAUAGCUUCAUCGGCGUUAUGGAUAUUAGCGAUUUUAAUCGAUAUGACUGGGUUCAGCUAGUUGAUCCAAAAUCACAGCAGUUGAUGUACAUCAAUCUGAAGUCUGGCGAAUGUAGCCGAGAUCCUCCGAAAAAUACAAAAUAUAAAGCUGUUUCACCUAAUCAAUGGUGGGAAUUGUUCGAUGUAAAAGUCCAAAGAAAUUACUAUUAUAAUAGUAGCACUCGAGAAACUGUUUGGGAGAAACCAGUUGAUGGUGAUAUUAUUCCCCUAGCAAAAAUCCAGUUACUACAACAGAAUCUCCAACCAUCAUCAUCUAUAAUUCAAAAAAGUGAUAUGGGAGUACUUCGACGUUCAAAUAAUAAUAAUAUAAAUAUUGACUAUCAAGAAGAACGCUUGUCAACAUCCUUAAACCAAAGGAAAUGUACUAAUUCAUUCAUUACUGCUGAGAUACCAGAUUAUUCACUCAAUAAUAUGGUUGUACAACAGGUUAAUAUUAGCAAUAAUAAAUUAAACCAUUAUCCCAUGCCUAUAUCAACAAAUAAUGAUCAUAACCAUUCAGCUGCAAUAAAUGAAACUAUGAAUAGUAUUCACUCGCCUUUAUCAUUAUUAUCUAGACCAACAGUUAUAACUGACAUCCCUAACACAUCGAAUACAAAUCAUGUCAGCAUUGAUAAUCAACGUGUUCGCGAUUGGUUACGUGAUGCUGUUGCUACUACAACUAAUGAAAUGAAAUCCACUGUUAUUAAUAGCAAUACUGUCAUUGCUACAACAACAGCUAAUAGUAAUAUUAAUGAAUUCAUCAUUGACAAUAGUAACACUAAGAAACCUGGUUGUUUAUCUGAUCGUCCUAUCCGAAGACAUAAUAUUCAAUCAUCACAACUUCAAGGAUUAAUAGAAUUCCCUGCUCCAUCUGAGGAUCAAUUUCCAAAUUUACAAUUUAAAUCAGUUUCUCAUUCAGUUCAUCCAAAUCAUAAUAAUUCUGUCAACUUGAUUUCUGUUUAUGGUAGUACAUACCAGACUUCGUCAUCAUGCAGUACCUCCAAUUAUCCAAUACAAUACGAUCAAAAUGUACCUUGUAAAUUUAUUGACAAUAUUAUAACUACUGUAUCUUCUGAAUCUACUACCAGUAUUCAGAAAGAGUCUGGUGUAAAUAAUUCUGAUGAAUCUAUUACUGAUAUACAACAAAACACCAACCUUAGUAGCGACAAGUCAUUUCAGUUUUUCAACUCUAGUAUGUGCGAAGUUGUUAAACAAUCCUCUAUGCCUCCCACAAUCUCAUAUGGCAUAUCACAACCAGUCCCUCGCCAGCGUGCAUUUCCUCGUACUAAUCCGACUGUAUCACGUCCCUCCGGUAAUGGGACUUGUACUCUACCUCGACCUUGUACUAUCCCAUCGGAAGGGUCACCGAUCUCUUUGUUCCCUUCUGUCGCUCUUAGCCAGUUUAGUGAUACCAGCUCUGCAAGAGCUUCAAUGACCGACCCAAAAAUUCCUAUUAUUCAUGGAUCAGACUCAAAAGACUCAUCUUCCUUAAUUAAACAAAAAUUGAUUGAGCAUGUAUCAAGUAAUCUGAUACCUGAAGAUAUUUCUAAUUCAGAUAACACACCUGAAUGUAUCAUAACUUCUUCAUCCCAAGUUUUAAAUGCUUCUCUUAAAGUUUCUUGUUCAGUCAAUGAAGUCAUACCUUCAUACUAUUCAAAUAAAUAUAAUAUCAAAGUAUCUUCUGGCAAUUAUCUUCCGGUUGAUAGUCCUCUAUCCGCAUCCCCUCAUCCUUCUUCUUCACCUUUAUCUCCUACCUCAUUUUCAAGUGCAUCGUCAGCCACUGCUUUGACAACUGCUAAUUCUGAGGAAAGUAUAGAUAUGCCAAAUAGUAUGUUGUUUGAUUCGGAAAAUUGGAAUUUGUUCUCACUAGAUAUAAAAAAUGAUUCUAAUCUAAUUAAGAAUAAUAAGACUACUACUUCGACUUGCCUUCUUAAUACCACAACUGAUUACAGUCGUCACUUUCCUACUUUAGAUGAAAGUUUAAAUGAGGAAGAAGAUUAUUUAAGACCUCCCACACCUCCUCCACGUUCAGCAUCUACAUUGUGUUCCCCAGGAAUGCCUGGUGCUUUUUUCGUCACUUUCCCGAAUCAUAUAUCUUUGAAUACGAUAACAUCAUCAUUCGACCAAGCUGCAGGUUAUAUACAAAUCAAUUCUCCCUAUUCUUCACAACCUUGUCCUAGUCCUUCGUCUACACCUAUUACAAAUUUGUCAGUAUCUUCUUCCUUGUCGAGAAAUCAUCCUUCACGUGCACAUGUCAUCCAACCAAAUUCCCGUCGAACUCAUCGCUCUCAGUAUUACACUCAACAAAUACAUACUGACUUACAUUCUCUUUCAAACAGUAAAGAAAUGCAAUUCGGUGAAAACAGUGUUGUCGAUCCUGCGUGUUUCAUCCCACCAACAGAUUCGUUCAACUCUCAACAGCCUAGAUUCAUUAUGACGAGUCAACCAAAUAUACAACUUAAAAUUACAGAUUUACCAAAUGCUGUAGUUUGUAGUACAAAUGGUGAUGCUAAUGUGUGGAAUACUAAGAAUAUCACUAUAUGGGAUGGUAGUAACUGUUUUAAAUCUAAUACCAACGAAUCAAUUCAAAUAGUUAAUUCCAAUGUAAGCAAAACGGCAGUGACAUCUACGGUUGUAUCAACGACUAUGAAAGGAUAUUCAACAGCUAAUCUAAUGAAUAAUUUUCCACGUUCUGCUUCUGGGGGUUUUAUUGGCCCUGCUGAAAGUACAGAUUCAUCUUCUGUAUGGACUUGUGGUUCAUAUAACAAUAAUAAUAAUCGUUCACGUCCUACAACACUUCGUAAAAGUACACAACAAAUUUAUGUUCAUCCAGGUCAUCCAGCAUUUUCUUCAUUCAUUGGACCAUUUGAUUGGCCGAGUCAUUUAUUCAAAGCAGACCAAGAUAUAUUUACAUUAAUGAGUUGGACGAAGUCUAAUUUUUCAAAACGUAUAUUGAUAUCCUCGGAACCUUCAUUAAAGAAACAAGUUGCUCAGUUGUUUAAAGUGAUUCAGUCAUUUAUGGGUGAUAGAAAAGCACGUCUUAGUCUGCCAGAUUAUGGUUCAAUUAUUAUUCAUCGUGCCUUGAGUUCGGCAAAUUUACGCGAUGAAUUAUAUGCUCAAUUGUGCAAACAAACGACAAGUAAUCCAGAUGUGAAAAGCCUUACAAACGGCUGGGCUCUGUUAUGUGUCUGUCUUUAUUACUUCCCACCAAAUAGUAAAUUUCGUGAUCAUUUAUAUGCUUACCUUCAAAGUCGAGCAGAUGCAUCGGUCAUUUUGAACAGUGAUACAAUCACCACAACUGCCCUUACUACAACAUCGACUAAUUUUAAUCAAAAUGACAUGGUUGAAUUCAAUAACCAUACUGUAUCAACUGAAUCCAGUCUUAAGACAGCCACAGCAAUCGCUUCUGGUUUGAAUCCGUUCAGUGCUAAUAAUAGUAAUAAUAAUCUUAUGCUUAAAUACCAACAGUCAAAUGAUUUGUUAACUAAUUCAAAACAUUUCACUUCACAUUCUAUUCAUAAUUAUACAAUGGGAAUUGCAUUAGGUCCAUGGGACCGUCCAACUGCAGCUCAUUUCGCGCGUGUUGCUCCUAGAUGGUUUGUCCGUUCAUUAAAUGUUGGUGUACGUAAAACAUCGAUUAGUCCGUCGAUUGAAGAAAUAUGCCAUGUUAAGGAUUUUUUGUUAAAACCAUGUAUAUUCGGUAGUUCCUUGGAUGAAAUGAUGCAAAUACAAGCAUAUAGAUUUCCUCAUUUACGUUUACCAUGGAUACAGAUAUUUCUCACUGAAGAAAUUCUACGGUUAAAUGGGGCGCGAACGGAAGGAAUUUUCCGGUAAGUGUUAUUCCCUGUUUGUUUGUUUUUAAUUCAAAAAAAUGGAAAGUCACCUUUAUAUAGAAAAAGUGGGCACUCUAAAAUGUGCUUUACAAAAUUUUCAAAAUUUCCACAAACUAAGUAACAACCACAUAAUCUUACAGAAUUGGUUUCACUGUGUUCUGAUGCUAGCCAUGUUUGGUAUUAUGUCAAAUCAACGAUUUACAAUAUCAGUUAGACUCCUACCAUUUUAUUAGCUGAAAUGCACAAAAAUAUACUAACCUAACAAUGAUAUAUUUUACGUAAAUUGAUUGUUUUUUUAUCCUCUGAAUAUUUAAACAAUGUCCAACCCUCUUCAUCUGUUAACCUACUUAUAACAUAUAAGCAUUAUCUGGUAGACAGUGUGGAAUGUUCUUUAGAAGAUGAAUCUUUCAACUACUUAUACAAACAAUCUCUUUUCAUUUGAAAAAAAUUCAUUCCAAUUAUAUCUUCUUUCAUCUGGACUGCUUCUCCCAUUAUUAUUGUUAUUAUUAUCAUAUCACUCUCAUACACUAAUUUCUAUUCUUUUUCGCUCUUUUUUAUUAUACUCAUAUUCCUUUGUCUAUCUUUUCACAACCUCAUUGUUAUUGUGUGUCGCAUAUAUAUUUUGGUGCUGUCUUGUACCAAUGUUUAUGUGUUUAAAUAAAUAAUAAUAAAAUAAACGACUGACAUGCUUUAUGGUUAACCAAUGAAGUCAUAUUUGUUUAUUUUCCAUGUUAGUAUCUUAAUAAUAAAAGGGUUUGCUGAUUUUUUCGAAAAUUACCACAUGGACAUUUUAGCGCAGCAGACAAAUAAGAGAAAUUUUACUAUAUGAUAAGCUUGAAAGGUACAUAGUCGUUAUUGUAGCAAAAUCAGCAGCGUUUUUUUUAGUUUAAUUAAAAGUAUCUUGAUACAACCUACCAUGUAUGUCGAUUCAAGUUUAUUUCCGUGACCAACAUGUCAUGCUUCAUUCAUCUAAUCUUCCCCUAAGCCAUCUUGCCAUUAUUAAACCCAAAAUCUCUACAUUAUUGAUGUGUUCAUUCAUCGAAAUAUAGCUAAAAUAUAUCAUUAUAGUUUGUUUGAAUGAAUAUAAAUUUCACUUCAUAAUUUUUUCUGAACGAUAGUUACUAUUCACAUAGACUGUUUCUGUACUAUAAGCACCGUUAAUAAUGAGCAACUCAAUGGUCGUGGAGAUUGUAAUAAUUUUAACAGUUUAAUUCAUGAAAUUAUCUAAGCUAGACCACCUUUAAAAACGAAACGGCCGUCUAGUGCCUCCAGAUUUUUUAUGUUGGUCUAGCUUAGACCGACUCGUGAACUCACCUCUGUGUCUCUUUAAUCCAAGUCUUCACAAUAAUAACAAUACAAAAACCAACGGAAAAUCAUUUAAAUGAAAAGAUUGAAUGAAUAAGGUAUAAGGAUGUUCAAUAGUCAAAACAUAAACUCAACCACAACACUAAUAAUAAUAAAUAUAGCAGUUAUACAUUUGCUACCCUUUUAAACGUUUUUCAAAUACAACUUACUUAUAAUCGUUAAGUUUUCUGUAAUCUAAGCCCAUAAUUAUGCCAGAAUAUUGAUUUUUUUUAUUUCUUUAAACUAUUAUUUCCACUUUAACACCUUUCUAAUCAUGCUACGGUUAACCCAUAAAUUUAGACUAUUCCAUUUUUAUUACAGUAUUUCUUCAUUUAUAAUUUUUAUUAUUUCCAGUUUUUUUUCUAGAAAUAUUAAAUUUUAGUUUUCAUUAAUUAUUAAUUCCCCAUGUUGUUGUGUUGGAUAUCGAUUGAAAUAUUUAGUCAGCAAUGAUUUUACUUGAUAUGUACUAUUAACAGCAUAAAUACUCCAUCCCAUAUACUUCACCAUUCUUUCAUAGAAUAUAAAAUGAUCCACGUAUUUACGAUUUACUGAAUUUUGUCUAACAAAAUCGCUAGAGUAAGGAAUAAAUGUAGCUUUUAACAAAGUCAAAAGAUUCCUUUUGUCUAGACACAUUUAUUACUAUCCUUCUUAUCUAUCAAUCCUUAUCCACUUGUUUGUCCACUUCUAGCACAGCUGUCUUGAUGACAACACAAUAACACUUGAAUAAAACCAACCUGUCUCUCUCUAUUACACACGGAAACACGAAAUGAAUUUGUAAUAUAACCUGCUUUUUUAGUUUAUUACAUUAUGUCUGGUAUUUCUAAUUGUUAUAAUCUGAUUUGUAAUACCUAUUACCUGUCUUGGUACGGUAAAAACAAAUAUGUAGAUGAAUUUUUAUUGAUAAAUUAUUUCAGCGUGAAUCAUGUUUCCUUAUGUAUCUUAGGUCAGUGGAGAAGACUACAAUUCAUUGAUUCAAGUAUUUAACAUUCAGUCAUUUCGACAAAAUUUACUUUAAUUUAGGUUUAAAUAACCCCAGUGAUUAUCAUUAUCUCUUAAACAAAGUGUUUGGCUCUCAUACCUGAGUAGAGAAAAAUCUAUUUAUCAGUUAGCAUUUGAUACCAUUAUUCAUAAUUGAAUAUGAAAACUACAUUAUAUCAAUGAAUUUAUUUUCUGUUGUUUGUUUGUCAUUUUAAAGUUAAUUUGUAUUACAAUUCGAUAUCAGUUGGAAAGUUGCUGAAAACUAGGGAACACUAAACAGCUGUUUUGUUCUGUUUCAGUACUCUUCAGUUGUACACAUCACCCACUCCAAAACGUUUAAAAAAUCUCGGGGAAAAAACAUUAUUUUGCUUCAUAACGAGUUACAAUCUUUCAUAUCUUGACUUGUUUAAAGUGGAGUGAUUCAGAUUCUUUUCACAGUAGUCUAAUCUCAAUUUCUUUAACGAACUAAGCGGAAUUAUUAAAAAUUGUUUUCCAUAACGUACUAUUGACCCAACUAUGUUAACAUGUUGAUUCAGCUUUUAAGCAAGAAAAUAAAUUUUGUAAUGUGAACUACAUAAGCAUUGUGAUAGUCGUAGUAGUAUGGAAUUUAUUGUAAUUUGUUUUCGUUCAUUAAGGGAACGGAGUAUACAUUAACAAAUGAUGUAGAAAGAGAUCAAAUUAUUCACUAUGAUAACUAUAAUAAAACUAUCUAUUUUCGUAAAACGAGAAAGUGUAAGUAGAAUAAAAGUAGAAUAGACAUGUUCAUCACUUUGUAGCGUAAUUACGAUUGUGUUUAGAUCAUACAUUGUACUUAUAUAAACAGAAGGCUUCAAAGUCAGUCAGUUAGUUAGUUUUGUAUCAUGUAAGCUGUCGUAAAGUUUAGUUUUUGUCAUUUCUGAUCUCUCAGAAAUGUGGUACUAUUAUGGUGCCUCCUGCAGUUCUUCACUUUCUACUGUCACUCUCACACUUACAGCUUUAUUAACUAGUACUGUGAAUUAAGGCAUACAUUUAUACGGCGUUAUUGUUAUUACUGUUGUCAAUACGGGCGGCGGCAAGAUGAAUCAUUUUUUAUAGUUUACAUCACUAACCUUAGUCAGACAACCAAUGUAAACGAAGAAGCAUGUGUCCUAAUGUAUUAUUUGCUCCCCAUGUGAACUGAUUUUAAUCUCUGCUAGUGUGGUCGUGAACACGAACUCGUGAGGAGUUCCUAAUCGGGACGAAACAACUAUCCAGUGCUUUAUUGUUUUCACUAGUUGUUUGACUAAGGUCAGUUUGUAAUGUAAAUUACAACAUUCAACAAUCAUUGUAAACCCCUUACACUAGUGAAUAAUUUUUAUCUAGUUAGAUCAAUAAUUACAUUGAACCUACCCAUUUAUUUAGUCGUAAUGAAAAAUGAUUCCUCAAAUUCUUUAUCAUAACGAACAACACACGUUGAUCAAUGUUUUUUCAUACAUGUUUACAUACGUGCAGCAAUCAUAUUACCUAUCUUUCCCGUCUCUCUUACAGACAGACGUGCAUUUAUAUCAAUAUUAGCAUACAUACAACAUACACAUGUAGAAUGUAAUUUAUUCGAUAGUAUUCAGUUAGGCAAUGAAAAAUUUCUUGUUUUCACUUAAACACGCAUACACACAAUUUAGUUUGAUUCAACUAAUCUGACUCACAUUUUGAUGAUCUCACUUCAGUUACAUUUUACCUAUGGGGAUAUUAUGUGAAAAUGAUGAAUCAUUGCUAAUGUCUUGUUUGCGUUUAAGAGCGUAUUUUAGUCAAUUUUUUUUGUUUUGGCUGUCUAUUGGCAAUAAUAUUGAUAAUGACGAUGAUUAUGACAUUCUGGGUGUGUUAUACAGUCAUUUCAAAAUUAGCAUAAAACACCGUCAUCAUCACUAUCAUCCAUAAUGACAACAAUUCUAUUGCUUCAAUACUCAAAUUAAUUAAUUUGGCAUGGAUUCAUUCAUUUUUAUUCAAAAACGAACGUUUUGUUUAUGUGAAAUUUCUUUUUUACAUAUAUCCUGUUUUGUUUUCGUGUAUAAAUGUAAAUUUUCAUUUCAUUUUGUCAGUUUAUUAUAUAUAUAUAGUAAUACUAACGCUGUUUUUAUAUUCGGCAUAGGCAAAGUUCUGUUGAUUACUACUUUAGCAACUCAAUGAUUGCUGAUUUCUAACAGUUAUCAAAAUUUUGUAUUAAUUUUGAUCAAUCUUUCUUUCAAUGACUCAUCAUUAUUUUAUUCCGAAUCAGAAAUUUUCAUAUGAAGGACAUUACAUUUUAAUUAGCUGCAUAGUUGCAUGUUAUGGGAAAUAAUUCCAACUCAGCUGAAUGACUUCAAAGUUCUUUGACCCAGAUAAUUCAACUCAGUAACUUUCAUUGUCAAUCUAGACAGUACUAUCAAACCUAAUUGAAUAUAGAGAUAAACUUUCAAGAUAUUCCACGAACCCUAAAUUGGUUUAUUCUAGUGGUCUUGUUUGUGAUUGAUUGUCAUCGUAGGGUUUAUUGUUUUCGCUGAUUGUUUUGUUCUAUUAACCUUUGACCAUGCUGUUUAAUAGCCUUUUUUCAAAUGAGCAGACAGAUCGGGUUCCAUUCGAUUUUUAUUGAUUGAUGGUAAUUGAUAUGAAUUCCAUGUCUCCAGAAACCAUCUGAUAUUCUUAGAAUAUCCUCGAUCCAGAAUUCCACCAUCUUCCCACUCCAAGUUAUGUCUAAAGUUGACCACAUACAUAGAUAUCAUUGACAAUUGUUACUAUUUCUCUUCACUGUAAGUUUGUGUUUGUGUAUUUGUAAAUGUAAAGGUCGUUCAUGUUCUGCCAAUGUUGUGUUUAUGGCAACUUAAAUACUUCUAGAUUUUGUACAUCUGUAUAUUGGAAUCAAAUUUCAUUAACUAUAAUUUUACAGUUGAUUGCUUUUCAUUAUGUAAGUUAUUAACUACUCUUCAUUGUUCAUUUCAAGAGAACUGCGCAUGUUUUGUUUUAGGGAUAAUUUAGUAAACUAAGUAUUGACUGACUAGAUCAAUGUUUAGUGUCAACUUACCACUUGCAGCUUCUGUGCACAUCACGUAAUAAAUAUUGUUUAUAAGCAACAACAAAGCCUAAAGACAGCUAUUUGGUUUUUCCUUCAUGUACCACUUUCUUCCAGACUAUUCCAUUCAGCUGAUAAGUGGACACUAGUUUUAUUAGGGUACUUUAUAAAGUAUAUGCAUUUCUACGACAGUCUAAUAAACGCUUUAUCAGUAAACUUCUCAAUCUGUUUGUAACAUUACAUUUUGAAUAAACUUUGGAUGAAAUAAGGUGACAUUAAGCUUUAACAUCACUUAUUCGAGGUCUUUUUAUUCUCUUUCAUUUUUCGUAACCUAAUGUUUUAACACAAAGAAAUCGUUUUGACUUCUGUCACAAGUUGACGCGUUGAUGUAGAAAUUGUAUCGCAUCAAAUAUUAUACACAAUCAGUGCAAACAUCUACUUACAUGAUCAUACGAUCAGUUUUAUUGUUUUCAUACUUUAUGUGUACUUUUAUAGUAUGUAAUCAGUGAUUUAUUCUAUUGGUAU